AUGCCUGUCAAGCGAACAAAAGAAUUGACAUCGCAGCAAAAUUCCGACAACAACAACACUAGGAAAGAAGCAGUACCUCCUCAUAUACCCAAAUUACCAUACGAAAAGCCUUCUUGGAGCGCCAAACCUACUUUCAAUUACUCUUUGGAGGUAUUGAAAAAUGGUGCCAGCAUUGAAACAAUCAAAGGGUCAGAAAAUAAAGAAUUUGUUACUAUCGGGCGAUUACCUAUUUGCGAUAUUUUAAUGGAGCAUCCUUCAAUCUCUCGUUAUCAUGCUGUUAUUCAAUUUGAUCGAGAUGGUGAAGCUUAUUUGUACGAUAUGGGCAGUGCGCAUGGAACCAAAAUCAACAAACAGGAAAUUCCUAAACGAGAGUAUCGUCCAUUGAAGCCUGGUGAUCAGAUUCGAUUUGGCGAAAGUACGCGUAUUUACAUUUUCGAUUCAGGUAAACCGUAUGACCCCGAACAAGAAGCCUUGGAACGAAGGGAGAAAAUGUUGAAAGAAAGAAUAGCGAGGGCAACCCGUGGGGAACCUAUGUCAGGUACAAAGAACUCUAUUGAGGAUCACGUCAAAAAUAAUGAUGAAGAAGAUGAUGGUGUCUCUUGGGGUUUUGGUGAAGAUGCAGUAGAAGAGGAAGAGGAUGAGGAGGAGAAUAAUAAUCCAGAGAGCAGCAAAAAGUAUUUGGAAGAGGCAUUAAAUAUAUCAUCAACGUCGGGCGAUGCAGAUUUAUUAAGCAUAACAGAUAAGGCUCUGACAUACGAUGAUUUGCUUCAACAGCAGAACGAAACUGAAGCAAAACUGAAGGUGGUAGAAAAGAAAUUAGAGGAAAAACGACUUAGAGAACAAGAAGAAGCCAGUCAAGCCAAGGAUGAAGAUGAAGAUCUGGAUGCAUAUAUGAAGAAUUUAUCAAGAAAACCAUUAGAAGAUGACAAGUCUAUAUUCUCGCUUCAGAAAGAAUUGGCACAAUUAAAAAAGGUAAAAUACAGUACAUGGAUGCGGUUGGUAGUGAUAGGAGUGCGCAGUGGAUUAACCAGCUUCUUUCACUCUGUUUUAAGGAUUACGAACGUCUUGUAA